AUGACCGAUUCAGCAUCGACAAAUCCGCCGUGGGCCACACGCGUGAAGGCCGUUCUGGUCUCUUCAUCCACUCGCGAGAAUCCCUCUGUUGCUGGUUUUCGUCUUGCCUAUGAUAAAAUCACUAACCAAGGAUGCAUUUCUCUCAGUAUCAGGGCAAAUCUAACGAAUCGUCCGAGCGGUGAAGAAGAUACGCUGAUAUUGAGAAUCCCUCCCGAGUCAGUCAAGACAUGUAACCUAAUCUCAGCAAGCGACGAAACACUUUGUUCCGACUAUUUUGCUUCGAAGCUUCCGACAAGAGUGAAAAACAUUCGAGACGUCUCAACACUGACACUGGAACUUAAUCGGGCGCCCGCGGAGGGGACGGUUCUUUGCUCAUCUGAGAUGUCGUCUCUACCCCCUGCGACUCAUGGGGACUGGAAUUUCGCUUCCUUUGCAAGGAUUUGUGAAUUCGCUUCUCUACGUAUCCACUUUGCCGCGCGACAAUUCGUGGGUGGUGAACUCGGGAUCUUGAAGACUUUCGUCCGUGGCCUUGAGACAAGAAGCCUUAAAGCAGUAUCUUUUGAUGACUCUCGCCAAGGUCUGGUCGAGAGAGUCUGGAAGGACCUGGAUGUGUCGCUUGAGCGACCGCCAGAUUAUGAGGAGCCUGCGCCCGAGCAGGUCAAGCAAGUGGAUCCACCCCCAUAUAAUGAGGAACCCAAGUCAGCGCAUGUAGGCGGGAAACGGGCCCGAGAUCCCGAGAAUCAUCUGCUGUCUGACUCCGAGAAAUUUCCUUCUGCCCGGGUGGAAGCCAUGGAACACCGCCUCGAACGCAUCGUCGAGGAGAAGAUCAAGCGUUUCAUCGAACCACACAUCCUCGACGCGAUCAUCGAUAGCGCUGUAAGCGAGUGCCGGGACCAGUUCCUGGAUGAAUGCCACCUUCACGAGACCGAGUUUCGCGACCAGGUGGAGGACGGAAACACCGAGGUCCGCAUUACCGCCAACGACUGCAUGAAGGAAAUGGAAGAACAAGCCCAACGGCAUCUGGACGAAAUCAAAGAGCAAGCGCAGCAGUAUUUGCAUAAGAUCGAGGACCAGGGAAUCGAGGCGGAGAUAUCCGUGGAGAAAAAGGUCGCGAAAUUAAAGCAUGAGUUGAACAUGUCGGCGCCGUCUCUGCCUGAUCGCGAGUCAAGGCCUAGCCAGGAACUUGGCCCCAAGGGUAGGCGCAGCUCUAUCUAG